GAGAGGAGGGAGGGAUCGCCCCCAUAGCGCGCAGCAUGAACGCUCCGCGGCAAAAGGAUGUGUGAACAAGCAGCGCGCUACUGCAGGGACGGUGUCCACAAACUGCUCCACAAAGAACAAGCCAAACUCCGGGCACAGGACAGCAAAGACCAGCCCAAACCCGGGGCUCAGGACAGCGAGAUAGCGACGGCUGCACAGUCCGGAAACAGCGGUUCUCAGCCCGGUGGAAUAGACGGGCUCGUCCGCUGGAUAGUCACCAAGAUGAGCGACAAUAAAAGCAUCUCUACUCGGGAAUAUGUGAAGGAGGAGGCGGCGGUGGCUCAGGAGCAGUUCUUUGCACCGGAGCCCCGAAAGGGCAUCUCUGUCAUUUUGGACAUUUUCCGGAGAGCUGAUAAGGAUGAUGAUGGAAAGCUCUCCCUUGAUGAGUUCCAGGCUUUCUUCUCUGAUGGGACUCUGAAUGAAGAGGAGCUGGAAAAACUGUUUCACACCAUUGACUCUGAUAACACCAGUAAUGUCGACACCAAGGAACUAUGUGACUACUUUGCCAACCACAUGGGAGACUAUGAAGGUGUGCUGGCCUCCCUAGAGACACUCAACCUGGCGAUUCUCAAAGCCAUGGACUUCACUAAGAAGGUAUAUGAACGUGGAACUAAUGUUGAGCAGUUUGUGACCCGCUUCCUGUUGAAGGAAUCAGCCAAUCAGAUCCAGUCUCUGCUGAACUCUGUAGAGAGUGCUGUGGAUGCCAUUGAUGAGCAGCAUUCAUCAGUGGGAUCCUACCCCAGUAAGACCAGCCCACGUGUCCCAGAUAGGCGCUAUGAGGCCCCCGUGCCAGAUUAUCCUCCCAACAACAGAGUCAGUGCAAAGGAGAGCAUGAGGAACAUCAACACAGGUGCAGGAGCUGUUGAGGUGAGAAAAGAAGGACUUGAGGCGCAGAUCAACCGACUGGCUGAGCUGAUUGGACGUCUGGAGAACAAGACAGUUUGGUUUGACCUACAUCAGCGACUAACAGACACUGAUGGCACAACUAGCGCAUCCCUCUACCUGAUCCGCCAGGAGAUGAACGUUUCCCAGAAGCACCUGGGAGAGUUCUGCGAGGCCCUGAAACAAUACCUGAAGAACGUGUCUGCUCAGAGAGACUGUUUCCAUGUGACAGCUGUGCGGCUGCCUGACGGCCUUUCCUUUGUGGUGUAUGAGUUCUGGGAUGGAGAGGAGGAAUGGAAGAGGCAUCUUCAGACUGCAGCUUGCAAGGCCUUCCAGCAUGUGAAAGUGGAUACUCUAUGCCAGCCCGAGGCUGUGUCCUCUGUUGCUGUGCCUGCCGCCUGGUGCAGCCUGAACAGAGACUGAGAAGCGAGCCAGUCUGCGGGUGGAACGAUCCCGCCUUAUGCCUGAAACCCUUCUCUUCUCCUCCUCUUCCUCAACUCCCCUCUCUCUAUCCCUGUCACAGUCCCUGCUAUCUUAACUACCCCCCUUUCUCUCAGCGCUCUCCCCACUCUGUCUCCUUCUCUUUUGUAAUUACUUGUUUACACAGUAUCCAUUUGAUAUUGAGCCAAAAGUAGUGUCGGCUACAGAGAAAGCCGGACACAGUACCAAUUCCCACUUCACCUCCAUUGCAACGUACAGUGACAACAUUAAAACUCCCCAAAGCAUUUGGGAACCUCACCUGGUUGAUUCGCAUUUGCAUUUGAAAUAUCAACUUGCAUAAACAGUCUCUUCUAACUAAAUGAGGCUGAUUAAUAUUUCAUCCCAAUUCAAACAUGCAUCCGCUGCUUUGCAAACAGUUCCCUAUGGUACAACUUCUGAGAAGACAAAAACUGUGCAGCAAAGUAUUUCUACAGCUGUCCAUGGACAAUAGCAUUUCUUGUAAAGGUCAUUUGAUACUAGUUAUAGGUUGGUGUUAUAAAUACUUUGAACUGUAUCUUCAUGAGCCAUGUAGAGCAGUGGUUUUCUAAUCUGGUCCUAGAGGACCCACAACUCUGCACAUUUUGUGUGUCUCCUAAUUAACACCUGAUUCAGAUCAUUAGCUUGUUAGGGAAAGAGCUCCAACAAAAUGUGUGAGUUGUGGGUCCCCAGGACCAGGAUUGAAAACCACUGAUGUAGAGAGACUGGUACUUUUGUCAAACCAUGAGCAUGACACAUAUUGACACACCAAAUAAACAUCUGGUCCAAAAGCACAAUGUACCUGAACUAUAGAUGAAAUGCUUAUGUAAAUGAGAUUUGCUGAUAGAGACUAGAGAAUAUACUUAGUAAUAACAGAAUUAUCUUGAAAUUUUAUGUUGACCAUUUUUGACCGAUAAUAUACGGAUCUAGGAAGAGUGCAUAGAUUUCAAGAGUGGCGCUGACUUAAUAUUCCAUCAGUUUUAUUGCAUCUAUAUAAUUAAACAUUUGGCAUCAAAUCAUUUCAUUUCUCAGGACAAGCCAAAAUUUAGUAGAGUAUUUUUCAAAGUUGGUCAUACUUUCACAUCUCACAUUUGUUGAUCAGUAAAUCUAAGACUGUUGUAUUUGUGUGAAUUUCUGGUUGGCUCAAAUGUUAACAACUCAAUACCAGGCGAAACCAACACGGCCCAAACUGCAGCGUUCCUUUCCCACCAAUCCUGCCUUCUGUUUGGUUUGUUUAUCCCUCACAGUGAGUGCAUGUUACAAAUGAAUGUCCAGUAAAUUAUUUGCCGUAGAAUUUAGCUAUGCUACUUUAAAUGGAUUUUGUGCAUUUCUUAUUUUCUUUUAUAUUACUCCAGUAACGGAACAAAAAGAAACAAAACUAUAUAUUAAAUGAAUAAAACUUACUAUAUGAGCAGUCACUUUUAAUGGCAUUGUUUGAUGAAAUACUACUUCUUAUACCCAUGUAUGUUUCCGUAUACUGGCUUUCUCUCUUAUAAGUGAGUGUAGAGAUUUAUUGCAGGGAUGCAAAGUAUUAUAUUCGUCUUAAAUUUGUUAAAAUUCUAGAUUAUGUAGAGUGCUGCUAUUCAAUAAAGUACUGAAAAAGGA